UUACCGUUAGCGAUAUUUUGUCUCUAGGACGGUGAAAGCAUGACUCACCCUAUUCUGCCUCUGGUUGUCUUUUCUAAUCCCAAAAUAAAGCAAGUCAAAAAGACAUCUACAUUUAACCCUUGUAACGCAAAAAAAAGAGGAUUGAGAACUACAUUAACCAGCAUGCUUUGCAGAGGAGUGACUUUUCUUGUUGCCUCGCAACGCCUCCAAACUAAAACGGACUAGCAGACAUUAAUCAAGUCAAACUUUAAUGGAAAACGUUUAAUUGUUUGUUCGAUACAGAAUAGCUGAAACUCUAAUGUUAGCUAGUUGCUAACGCUGUGCUGUACUUUACUGUCACACAGAUUGUAGAGCAGCUGAAGAAAACACGACUUGUGUGGGUGAGCGGGCUGAGAGCACACACACAGCGGCGCAGGGACACAUUGAAGUGAAGCAGCAGGAGCCUGAAGAGGGAUCAGAAAAGCAGCGCUCUGCAGACAUGUACAAGUAUGAGGAACUCCACUCCAGACCGUCCAUCACACCUGACUCUGAAAUCCCAGAGAACCUCCUGUACCUCUCUCACUCCUUUGGCUAUGACAGUGGGCGCAGGAGGAACCUGCAGCUCCUGGAUGACAGGACUCUGAUCUUUAUAGCAGGCAACCUGCUCGUCCUGUUGGACGUUUCCACCAAGGAGCAGAGAUACCUCCGCUCCUGCAGUGGAGGAGGAAUCGGCUCCAUCACGGCACACCCUAGCAAGGAGUACUUUGUUGUAGCAGAGAAGGGAAAGCAGCCCAACAUCAUAGUGUUUGAAUAUCCCUCGCUACGACCGUUCUGCAUCCUCAGAGGCGGUACAGAGCGGACAUACAGUUUUGUGGAUUUUAACCCUGACGGGAGCCUGCUGGCCAGCGUGGGGUGCGCACCGGACUACAUGCUGACGCUGUGGGACUGGAAGAAGGAGAUGGUGAUGGUGAGCUGCAUGGCAGUUUCUCAGGAGGUCUACCGAGUCAGCUUCUCCCCGUACAACCCGGGUCAGCUCACAUCCUCAGGAUCUGGACACAUCAAGUUCUGGCAAACGGACAGCACAUUCACAGGCCUUAAGUUGCAAGGACUCAUGGGAGAUUUUGGGAAAACUGCAGCGACUGAUAUUGAGGGCUGCGUGGAACUUCCUGACGGAAAGGUGGUGUCUGGCUCAGACUGGGGCAACUUGUUGCUGUGGGAUGGGAAUGGCAUCAAGGUGGAGAUUUGCCGUAAGGAGGGGCGGAGCUGCCACGCUGGGAUGGUCCAGCCCUUCGCCCUGGAAGACGGACAGCUGAUGACGAUUGGCUCUGACGGAGUGGUCCGGGGUUGGGACUUUGAGAGCAUCGACACUGCCGACGGUAACCGCGACGGCAGCAGGUUUGAGCUCGAGCCCAUGAACGAGUUGGUGGUCGGACACAAAGUCUGCCUCUCCUCUGUGGUGAGGAGCUCCGUGCAUGACUCCUUCAUCUGUUUUGCUCAGGAUUCCAGCGGAGCCAUCUGGAAACUGGAUCUUUCAUUCACCAACACUACUCCUGAUCCAGAGUGCCUGUUUUCCUUCCACGCCGGGGCGAUCCAGGGCCUGGACGUGUCGAGGAAAUCUCACCUGAUGGCCACGACUGCUUUAGACCGUUCAGUCAAAGUUUUUGACUUCCUGGCCAAAAGAGAACUGACCAGCAGUCGCUUCAAUCAGGGCGGUACUGCCCUCUGCUGGGCUUCACCUUUGGUGAACCAGAGUGGAAGUCUACUGGUGACGGGCUUUGAGGACGGGGUGGUCCGGUUACUGGAGCUGUACGACCCUCAAAGGCUGCCCGUGGUCCCCGGGCGCAGCCCCAAAGGAGAUGCCAAGCUGAGCCUCAAACAGGCCUUCAAACCCCAUAAUGCCCAUGUAACUGCUAUUGCAUAUGAGCAAAAUGGAGAGAUCUUAGCCACGGGGAGCUCCGACAGCACUGUGUUCUUCUUCACCGUCGGGGAGAAACACGACCCCAUCGGCUUUGUCCACGUUCCUGGGCCGGUGCAGGCGCUGGAGUGGUCACCUCAUUCCCACAGUGAAAGCAGGCUGCUCAUCCUGUGUCAGAGCGGUCAUGUGGUCGAGGUGCACAGGCCUGAUCCAGAGGCCCAGAGGCCGACCAAAACCUUCCAGCUGCUUGAGCUGCCCAGCAUAUAUUUCAGGUUCAGGAGUAUCAAAUCUCGAAUCGAGAGAGAGGAGGAAAUCACAAGACGUCAAGCCGUAAAGGAGAAGAAGAAGGAAGAGAGGUUGAAGGAAUCGAAGCAGCUGGACGCAGAGCCAGUGGAAGAAGAGGAGGAGGAGUUGCCCGCUAUCUCCAUCCCCGACCCUCCAAGUCCUCUCUACUGUGGCUUCUACUCACAGCCUGGCCAGUUCUGGCUCUCCAUGGGUGGCUUUGACUCAGGUUUCCUGUACCACUGUAAGUUCUCUGAGAAGCAGGACCAGGAUCCGGACCAGCGGCAGGAUGAGCCCUUUGACUUCCUGCCUGUCCACAGCACAGAUGACGACCCCAUUCGCUCUGUCACCUUCAGCUCCAACAGGCAGCUGCUGCUCUGCGGCAUGCACUCAGGCUUCAUCAGGGUUUACCCUCUGCAGCCCGGCGACAGCAGCCUCACCUCCAUGCAGGCCUACUGGGCUCUCAGUGUCCACGACAACCAGUACGGACACCUGCGGCACAUCCGCUGCAGCCACGACGACCACUUUGUGCUGACCGCGGGAGAUGACGGCAACAUCUUCUCCUUCAGCCUGCUUCCUCCAGAGGAGCUAGAGAAAGGCCUGCAGAAACAGGGGGCCACGGUUCCUUCACCCAGGGUGGGUCUUGAGAAUGAGGCGUUAGCCCAGGACAUUGAGGACCCAGCUGCCUACAGCAUAGAGACGACCAAGCAGAAGCUGGAGGAGGACCAUCUGCACCAAGAAGCCGAGCUGAAGAAGGCGGCGAAGCGCAAGAAGCUGGCCAAGCUCCGGAAGAAGUUUAGACAGCUGCUGGACGUCAACCAAAGUAUGCCGGAGCAUGUUCGCCUGAAACCUGCGGAGCUGGAGGUGCACCCCUGUUUCAGGGAGCAGGUAGAGAGGGUGAAGGCCCAGCGGGUGAGGGAGCUCAGAAAGCAGAUGGCCGAGGAGGAGGAGCGCUGCACCAUCGUGCUCAGCAAACUGCAUGACUGGUUCAAGGACUCUCCGGAGGCCAGCAUGGUCACUGUGGUUGCCAUCGGCACCGACCAUAGAGUCUCCACUUACCAUCUGCCGGCACUCGCAGAGCCUUCAUCCCAGCCCAGACAUCCCAGCCCAGACAUCAGCAGCACUGGCGGACAUAAAGCUGCUGGACUAGAAUGCAGACAAUCAAGAGCCGAGCCUGCAAAAGACGGCAGCUUAGUAGAAAUGGAAGAGGUGUUGCCCCGCCCGCAGCCUCGUAAACCAGAAGUAAAGCUGACAAAUCGGCAGCUCGAGAGACUCCGGAAGGCUGAUGAGAAAGCUGGACAAGCUCGAGCCAAGAUAGAGAAGAGGAAGCAGGAAUGGGCCCAAUUGUACGCAGAGAAGCCAAACGAGGACUGUGAGGAUCCGCGGGAUGUUCAGGCCAUCCGCGAAGCCAUCGAGAACAUCGGAGACUUAAAACUGAAGUUAGACAAAGACUCUACGGUGCCGAAACACCUGAGGAUGACUGCUGAGAGGAAGAGAGCAGCUCUGAUGGGCCUGGAGGAAAAUAUCUUUAAAAAGCAGACUGAGAUGAAUCAACGGAUUGUGGCGUUGCGGGACUCCAAGGUUCUUCUAUUGUCUCAGUUGAAGGCUCAGGCUCAGCAGGUCCAGCAGGUCCAGCAGCGUCUGGCGGCCCACCUUCACCGCCCUCCACCUGCCCUGCCCGCUAUGCUACCAGAGGAAACCCCAGAGAAGAAGCUGCAGUACAGCAACGCCCAUCUGGAGCGAUACAGGGUUCUGAGGGAACAGAGUUUCCAUACUCUUGAGCUGGAGGCAGCCACACGUUUACUGGAGGAGCUGGAGAAAGGGAUGGAAGAAGAGGAGGAGGAGAGAGGAGAGGAAGGGACUCCUAGUCUGUCCGCUUCAUCUGUAUCCAGAGAAGAAGAAGAGACGGCAGAGGAGGAAGGUGUAGAGCUGAGCGAGCUCGAGGAGGAGCUCCGGAAGGAGGAGGAGAUCAGACUGCUGUACGAGCAGGACUGUCUGCUGGAGCAGAUGGAGAGUUCGGUGUGUCAGUUUGACGCCGAGCUCAUGCUGCUGCUUCACCAGAAGCUGCGUCUCGACUGUCAGCUGAAGAUGGCCGACCUCCGUCAGCUGACGCUCUACCAGGAGCUGCGGAUCCUCGAGGAGGCCGAGAGGAGGGAGGACGUCCUAGAGCAGAACCUCAACAAACGCAUUGAAGAGGAGAGCAACAUCACAUCUGAGCUGGAGGACUUCAAUGAAAUGCUCCAACUGAAGCAGGAAGACAUAGCUAAGCUGCAGGAGAAAGAGACGGCUCUGAAGGCUUCCUUCCAGGCCUCACUGGGCCAAGGAAACAAGUUUGAAGAGUUUCUGACCAAAGUCUUCAAGAAGAAGAUCAAACGUGUCAAGAAGGAGGAGCAGACAGGAAGUGAAGAGGAAGAGGAGGACAGUGAUGAAGACGAUGAUACAGAGGGGGGAGAAGCUGCUCUGGACGGCAUUGUUUGCCCACCAGACUGUGACCCAGAGUUGUUUGAGGACACACUGCAGCUGCGUGAGCGUCGGCUGGACCUGGAGGAACUGCUGGUGGAGGAGAGAAAGAGUGCUGAAGCUCUGAAGAAGGAGUGCGACACCCUCUUCAAGAAGGAGAAAUCAAUGAAGGCCAGUCGGAAGGCAGCAGAGGACGACCUUGAGUUGAUCAACAGGGAGACGCAGCGGAAAAUGAACGAACUGGAUGUGGUGGUUCCUCUCAGACUGCACCAGAUUAAGUUUGACCUAAAGUCAGACCUGAGCCAGGCGUUGGUGAUGGACGUGACGGAGCUCAACAGGCUGCAGGAGCGCAUCAAGCAGUUGCAUGUGGAGAAGAGUCGGCAGAGAGAUCUGUACGGUGAGACGCGCAAGCAUCGCGCCAGGCUCCUCCGUGAACGCAGGGACAUGGACGCCAACAUCCAGGUGCUGGAGAAGCGCUGCAACGAGCAGAUGAUUGCGAAAUUUGGGAGGAUUGUGGAUCUGGAUGCUCUCAUGACGGCGCCGGGGAACAGGAAGCUGGAGGAGCUUAAGCAGAAGAAAUUACUCCGAGAAGCUGGCCACGCCAAGGAAAUGAAACAGUUGGAUAGGAAGGUGGAAGAGGCCCGUGAUAAUCUGAUGGAGGUAACCAGGCGUAACACAGAGCUUGUCCUCUGCCAGACCAAACUCGUGGACCAGACAAGGGAACUGGACCGUAAACUCAACGCCAGGCAGAAGAAAAUGGGCAGACAGUUCCAGGACAACAGGAGCCGUGUGGACCAGGAGGAGGUUUUGAGGCUCCAGGUGCUGGUGAAAACCCAAUCGCAGCAGACCGGGGCCCUCAGGAGAGAGAUUGCCCUCCUGUCCCGUCAAGGAGGCCACGUCCUGCCCCCGGGCCGGGCCCCACUGCCCUCACUGCCCCCGCUCGCCCCCUUGCCCACCCUCAGAGGCCGCACCCACACUGGCUUCGUGUCCCGUAAAGGAGGCCACGUCCUCCCGGCCGACCAUGCCCCGCUGCCCCCGCUCACCCCCUUGUCCGCCACACCAGCAAACGAGGAUCAACAGGAACAGCUCAAAGUACAAAUGUCGCCCAGCAGACAGGGAGCUACUUAACUGAGAACAGAAAACGCAUACUGUCACUGUAAAGCAAGGGAACUGUGCUCAAUAAUAGCACUUUCUUCGUAAUUAUUGCUAUUGUUAGGAUUAAAAAAUACUUCAGUUGGUUGACUCCUGUGUUUGUUCAUAAUUCAAAGCUUUAAACGAUGAGGGUGGUUAAAUCUGUAUUUACUGAAAGCUACCCAUUGGAGUUUUAAACCCUUUGAUACCUCUCAUUUUCCACAUUUCCACUCAACACCUUUGAAUCCAUAGUUGUCGAUCAAUGCUCGAUUACCCUGCUUCUAUUAACCCCUUUGAGCAUUUUCACUCUGUGUUAAGACCACUUAGCUGCAUCCUAACCAAAUGGUUAAUGAUCUACUUCUGUCAGCUGAGUCCGGUGAAGCCUCCAAUCUAAAUGUUGCAUUUUACACACAUUUAACACAAUCAUAGGUAUUCAUAAUCCAGCACUCUUCAUGAUUUAGGUCCUUUCUAAACUUUUCUCUGCAUAUGUGAUCCCUCUUUGGGGCCUAAUAGGAGGGGAAUGUGUGAAUUAACUGCCAAUGUGGAUGGUGUUCAGCUCUAUGUUGCUACCAAUCUUACUGAUCAUUCAGAGCUCUCUAUUUUAGUGACAAAGUAAGCCGACCUUUGAGUCUGACUGUAUACUGCUACAUUGUGUUUUGAGUCAUAUUCACUUUGUAGUGUUUUGUGUUAGUUCAGCAGUUGUUUUGGCCCUCUUACCUUUGUAACAGUUACAUAACAGAAAUAAAUAUUAAU